GCUGCCGUCUAAUUGCUCAAACGCAUGUACGCUGUGCCAAGUGGCGGUCGACAGCUCCUCUAUAACUCUAAAACUUCAAACGGUAACUCCUUGAGUAAAUAAACAGAGAUGUCGCAGUUGAAGAACGAGAAAGUGGGCAUUGUGGGCAGCGGUCUCAUUGGUCGCUCCUGGUCCAUGCUCUUCGCCUCGGUGGGCUACCAGGUGGUGCUGUACGACAUCCUGCCCGAGCAGGUGUCCACCGCUCUGACGGCCACCCAGAAGGAGCUGCUCGAUCUGGAGGCCAAGGGUCUGCUGCGUGGCAAGCUGACCGCCGCCCAGCAGUUCUCCUGCAUCUCGGGCACCAACGACAUCAAGGAGCUGGUCAAGGGCGCCAUCUUCGUGCAGGAGUGCAUCCCCGAGCGUCUGGAUCUGAAGAAAGCCCUCUACAAGCAGCUGGACGCCGUCGUCGGACCCAACACCAUCCUCUCCAGCUCGACCAGCACCUUUCUGCCCUCGCUCUUCAGCGCGGAUCUGAAAAACAAGGCCAAUGUUUUGGUCUCGCAUCCCGUCAACCCGCCGUACUACGUGCCGCUGGUCGAGAUCGUUCCGGCGCCGUGGACAAAACCGGAAUGGGUGACGAAGACCCGUGCCAUCAUGGAGGAGAUUGGCCAAAAACCGGUUACGCUGUCGCGGGAGAUCGAGGGCUUCGCCCUGAACCGCAUCCAGUAUGCCAUUCUGAACGAAACAUGGCGCCUCGUGGAGGCGGGCAUCCUGAAUGUGAAGGACAUCGACAGCGUGAUGAGCAAUGGCCUCGGACCGCGCUACGCCUUCUUGGGUCCCCUGGAGACCGCCCAUCUGAAUGCCGAGGGCAUGGCCAACUACUUUGAGCGCUACUCGAAGACCAUCUACGCGGUGAGCGAGACCAUGGGACCGACACCGAAGAUGGAGGGUCCCGUCGCCGUCGAGGUGGCCAAGCAGCUGGGCGAGAUGGUGCCGCUGGAUCAGCUGGCCGCACGCCGCAAUUACCGCGACAACUGCCUCACCCAGUUGAGCAUUCUCAAGAGCAAGCUCAACAAGUAGAGCAGCUCACUUCCUUCUGUUUUAUCCAUUUUUUUUUGUUUGUGAUAUGCUAAGCGCCACAUGUGUACGUUAAAUAUACGGAAAUUGUUUAAAAGAUCAUCUA